AUGUACAGUAUCAUCACAGAGCCUAUCUCAUGGCUGAUAGGCGUCCCAGAGUCUAGCAUUCGUCUCUUUCUGACGCUGAUGAUUGCAUAUCCUAUUGGCUACAAAUACCAUCAAUUAUACGUUACAAGACAUCCCAAUGCCAGCCGAUCCACUCGAAACAUCUACAUUCUAGGCACCGGGUUUGCGCUCGCCUUCUUCUUUGCUGGCUUCCACAUUAUACAUUCACUGGUCACCAUCACCAUCAGUUACUAUGUAUGCUAUCUGGGCGACCAAUUCCACAACCGUCGUGCUGGCACGGCCGCCGUCUGGAUAUUCAACCUGAUUUACCUUUUGCUAGGCUAUUACUAUACUGCCUCUGAUGGAUAUGAUAUCAAUUGGACCACAUCUCAAUGUGUGCUAUGCUUGCGUUUGAUGGGAUUCAGUAUGGACUUCUUGGACGGCGCUAUUAUCAGUGAGGGCAAGCAAGGAUUAACCGGACCUCAUUCAUUUGCGUUUGAUUCGCCUUUGCAACACUUGCCAAAAUGGCACGAGUUUUUAGGAUAUUGCUAUUUUCCAUCUGCUUUCUUGAUCGGACCACAAUUCUCGUUCUCACUGUAUAGUCGAUUCUUGUCUGGGCCCUACAAUGGCGUGAAUAUCAGCAACAUAGAGCAUGUGGAAAAGGCUCAGCUUACUUAUGUUCUGCGCUGUGUAUCCAUCGGUAUUGCCUACAUUAUUGUGCUGCAGACACUGGGUGCAUACUAUCCCACUUCCUAUAUACUCACCAAAGAGUAUGCUGCUCAAUCAUUGCUGCAGCGCAAUGUCAACUAUUGGUUGUGCGGAAAAAUGGUAUAUGUUAAAUACGUUGGUGUGUGGUUACUGACAGAGGGUGCUAGCACGUAUUUUGGCAUCACAUACCAAGGAAACGACAAGACAGGUGAACCCAGUUUUUCGGGUCUCGCUAAUUCCAAACCUCUAGAAUUUGAAUUGAUGACCUCUGUCGAGCAUUUGGUUCCAACAUUCAACAUCAAUACAAAUUUGUGGGUCAAACAGUACGUAUUCAAGCGACUUCGCUUUCUAGGAAACAAGGAUCUAUCGCAGCUCGGCGCUCUGGUGUUCCUCGCCAUCUGGCAUGGCUUCCACUUUGGCUAUUUUGAAACCUUCUUCUUGGAGUUUGCAUUCAUCUUUGUCGAGCGUAUUCUGCGAGCCAGAUUCUACUUUCCCUUUGUCAAGCCCUUGAUAGAUCAAAACCGAUAUCUAUUUUACUGUUGGAAGGCACUUGCCUGGAUGACAGCUACAACCUGUCUCACCUAUGCUAUGGUCGGCUUUGAUUUACUCACAUUCUCCAGAGGUGUGCAGGCUCAUAACAGCGUGUAUUGGUAUGCUCAUGUAAUCACUAUUGUGUUGUUCAUCGUUCAUUUGUCGUUAGGUAAACGCGGUCUUCACAGCCGAAACAGACAGCCCAAGUCAGCUUAG